GCAGACAGAGAAGCAGUUUGUCCACGGAGGAAAGAGAAGCUGAUCUAAAACAAAAUGUCUACACAGAAUCAGGAGGAAAAAAGAUACGACCCCAGAGACACGACUCUGAAAUUUGUCAACAGACCAGAUGAUCUGGAUCCACUACCCCCAGAGGAAGGAGACCAGGGUCUCCGAGCAGAGAUGUCCUGCGGUCAUGCCGUCACUCCAGAGUCGCUCACUGGGUGGUGUCGCAGUCUGCUGGAUCAGGGCCAGUACAAAUUUAAGUGCCCUGCUUUGAAGGAUGGCACCUUACACAAGUGUGAUGCUGAGUGGUCUUAUCAAGAGGUGCGCAGGCUGGCAGUGCUGACAGCUGAAGAGAUGCAGUACUUUGAAGAGAACAUCGCUCGUCUGGCUGCUACCGAAUACUGUGAAUUCAAAACAUGUCCUGGGUGCAAAACCUGUGUGGAGAGAGAGGACCUCACCAAUCUCUGUGUGCAUUGCACAAUCUGCACAGCAGAUAAGCAGAAAGUCUAUGAGUUCUGCUGGCAGUGUCUGAAGCAGUGGAAAGGUAAAGCUCCACGCUCUGACCGCUGUGACAACAAUGGCUGUGUCAACCAUGACCUCGAGCUGCUCAAGAAUUGCAAGAUGACCGCCCUCCCUCAGGUGGAAGGGGUCAACGAGUGUCCCUCCAUCCGGGCCUGUCCCACCUGUGGUCAGAGGGUGGAGCACGACAAGACGGGCUGCAAGAAUGUCCUGUGUCCUCGCUGUCAGAUUGAGUUCUGCUUUGUGUGUCUGAAGCUCACUCCUGAGUGCCUGAAGACAAGUUCCUACUUCAUCCCCUGCAGUGGUGGUGUGGCUCCCAGACAAACCUCCAUACCCGUGUGGCACAGAAACUAAGAGGGAAUAUGCACACACAAUCUGUACUCAUAAUGUGUAUUUACAGCUUUCUUCUGUCACACUAAACUUUUCCUGUUAGAUUUCAUUGGGAGAUGCUCAUUGCAACAGUAACCAAACAUGUAGUCUUCA